AUGAAUCAAGAGUACAAGAACACCAACUCUCCGCUGUACUGCGAGAAGCUCAACGUCGAAACGCUGAACAAGCUCUUCCGGCUCUGCGACACGCAGUUCUGUCCUCUCAGCAGCAUCGUAGGCGCGCUCGCCGCGCAAGAGACUAUUAAGUACACCGGCAAGUACAUUCCACUCAACCAAUGGUUUUUUUGCGACUUCGCGGAGCUUGCGCAAGACGAAGUGACGAGUGCGCGAGAGCUUACCGCGUUCGCACCGCGAUACGAACACUUAAUCCGCAUUCUCGGUUCGCAGAACACGCAGAUUUUGCAAAACGCUAAACUGUUCUGCGUUGGACUCGGCGCCCUCGGCUGCGAAUACAUGAAGUUACUAGCGCUGCUUGGAGCCGGUUCCGGCGCGGAUGGAGAACUCUUUAUCACCGACAUGGACAACAUCGAGCUGAGCAACCUGAAUCGUCAGUUCCUCUUCCAAGAGCAGCACAUUGGCCUUUCGAAGGCGGAGGUCGCUGCGGAGCAGGCGCUCGCGAUGAACCGAGACUUAAAGUUCGUCGUACAUAAAGAAAAACUCGACGUUAGCACGGAGAACAUCUUCGACCGCAAGUUCUGGCUCAGCGUCGACUGCGUGCUGAACGGGCUCGACAACGUCGAAUCGCGCCAGUACGUCGACGGAAAGUGCGUCUGCUUCGAAAAGCCGCUGGUCGACGCGGGCACACUCGGGCCGCGCUGCAACAUACAGGUGGUGUAUCCGCACGUGACCUCAUCUUACUCCGACUCGAGAGACCCUGAAGAGGACAGCAUUCCACUCUGCACGCUCAAGCACUUCCCAAACAAGAUCGAGCACUGCCUUCAGUGGGCACGCGACACGUUCACCUUCAUGUUCCAGGUCGCUGUGCAGACACUGAAUGAGGCGCAGAGCAACCCCAAGCAACGCCUCUCCGAUCUGCUGAACGACAACCCUGACGAGUACCUGGAGAAACUGUUUACCAUUAUGCUCGUCUUGCUGGACGUGCAGCGAAGCAGCCGCAACGAACGCUUGCAAAAGUUGGUAGCGCUCGCAGACUUUCUCCUGCAAACAUACUUCAUCAACGAAAUUAAGCAGCUGCUGCACAACUUCCCAGCCGAUCUCGUUUGCGAGAACGGUUCUCGAUUCUGGAGUGGACCAAAGCGCCCACCGACGCCGCUCGAGCUGCAAAUCUGUGAUGCCGAACAAUUCGCCUUUAUUGCUCGACAGCCGUACAAUCAUCUGUUAGCCGAAGCUAAUUGA